CACACUACUUUUAAAAUGUCUUUAUCUUACAUUUAAAACUAUGCUAACGUGUGUACUAUGAAAGAUCUCCGAAAGAAACGGAACAAAUUAAAACUCUUCGGAUUUCUUCUUUGUACCCUAACAACGAUAUAUUACUGUCUCAUUUAUAGACCUUUGUCAAAGAAAACCAGAUUUUUGCAAGAUAAAAAACUUCAGAGAUGCAAGCCGGAGUUGACGCCCCAACAGUGUCAGCUGGUGUUAAGGCUACAUGAGAUAACCACAUACAACAUUUCAACUCCAGCUGAGAGCUACACACAGCCGUGUAACGCAUCGGCACGUGCUUGCACAAGUGAUUGCUCAAAACCAUUGCAAGAAAACUUGGAAGGUAAUCUACUGAAUAUUUUGACAUCUUCUAAAUUCUAUUUGAAAGACGAAACACUGCUUGAUAUUUUAUCGAUCGGCCAAACAAUACCCGAGAAUGACGUCAUCAUCGUGUCUGCAAGUUCGUCCGAUCACUACCGCGAGACGCAGGCCAUGUUUCAUAACCUCCACAACGUCGUGUUCCCAUUGGUUGAAAAUCUCACCGUUGUCUUGUUUGAUAUAGGACUGACAGUGGAACAGAGACAAGAGACAGAAAAGCACUGCCGGUGUAAGGUGAUAAAAUUCCCCAGUGAAAGAUUCCCACCUCAUGUGAAAAAAAACUAUUGCUAUGCGUGGAAGCCGAUCAUCAUGAGAGCGAUGAUUGAGAGAGCUAGGAAAGUGUUGAUAUACCAAGACUCUACCAUACGAUGGACUGAGGGAAUUGUUGAUGUGAUGAAACGAGCGACAGACAUAGGGUUACAAUUGUUCCGUAAUGCCUACGCAGCCAGGAUACCGAUAUACACAUUAAUACAGGCCUUCGAUUACUUCGAAGAGAAGCCGUGCGCUUUCGACCCGUUCCCCAACCUUUUGGCGGGGAUAGCUGUGUACAGGAGAGAUGUGUUCAACGCCCGAGCCAUUCUGGAGCCGUGGGCCAAGUGCGCCCUGGUGCCUGAGUGCAUCUGUCCGGUGGCUUCACCGGAGUCGGUGCGAAGCUGUAAAAGCCCCGUGGCUUACCACAGGUGUCACAGAUUCGACCAGUCAGCACUAGGGAUGAUAACCGCGAUACUCUUCAAUAAAGAAAUAUUUCGUGUUAUCUCCCCUGAUCUAAAUUUCAAAGUCAAAAUCAAUCGGACGGAGUAUAUGCCCCAGUAUUUCAACACGCUAGAAAAACAUCUGAAAAAAGUGUGAAUAUUUGUGUGUGUUUAUCAAGUAUUAGAUUCAAAAAGGAAAGACAUGUGUGAAUCUAUUUACUUACUGCUAACAGCGAGUUGAGUACUGUGGUGUGUUGGGAUUUAAACUAAUUAAACUAAUUCGUCGGGAAAUAUGCCUGUAUUGAGGAGUUCUGCUGCCAGUGGUGAAGGGUUCAAUAAAUAAACGAAAACGAGACUUUGUCUUUAUUUGGUUUUGGAAGAUAUCAUUGGAUGUCACGAAAUUUGUA